AUGCAGUCCGCCGACGCGGACUUCUUCGAUUUCUACCGCUUCUUUGAUCUGGACCAUAACAUCUCGCUUCCUGCCCUCGAUGCCUCCAGCCCCCUUCACCCACCCAGCCAGCCCGCAGAAGUCCCUAGACAGAGACCGCGAAACCCGCGCUCGUGUGAUUUCUGUCGUCACCGGAAAACGGCCUGCAUCAUUCGGUCAGCGCCUCCCUGUACAACAUGCAGAUCGAGGGGAAAGGAGUGCGUCUUCACCGCGCGUCCUCGGAAGAGAAGACAGACCGAGGUGAGCGACCCGGAAUCGGAUCCCCAACUACACGUUCCGUCACUGUCGCAGGCUGAUCAACCCCGGGUUUCGCAAUCGAGUGCCUCUCCCCAACUGGGCAUCGUACCUAACCUCGACAAUCACCGGUUGAUAUCAGAGUCCCCGCCCCAAGAUGCUGUCUCUCGAAACCGCACCCAGCCGCCCAGGGACUGCCCGAGGAGAGACGCUGAGCACCAGGGUCCCGAUGAAUCACUCGAUCAACACCCGACUGCGACGGUCUUUCUCCUCGGAGACACAGGCGAGGCCGAUCCAUAUCUUCUGCGGCACCCCUCGCUGGCUGCGCACGCGGGGAACAUUGCAUUCCGUCAAAUCCACCGGGGCGGAAGCACCGCAGCUGAGGGCGAACAGGCCCUCGAUACAAAUCGUCCAAUUGUCUUCAUGGUAGGCGAACACAGCCUGUACGAUCAGUACGAACCUCGGCUCGAGGCCACCGUGCUUGAUAAAGUGCGCCAGGACCUUGAUCAAAUAAGCGAUGAUGUCGGGGUGCGUUUGGUCCUGCUGUACUUCAAGCACAUAUACCCAUACUUCCCAGUGCUGUCUCGCUCUCAGAUGGUUUCACCAGCUGGCGAACUUGCAAUACCUGUGUCGUCUUUACCGCUCGCUCUACGGGCAGCCCUGUACGCCUCUGCGGUGCCCUUUAUGAUUUACGAUGAUUAUCUGUCCACAAUGCUGGAUGUGGAUCCGCUGUCAACACAAACCCUGUACCGCAUGGCAUGGACGGUCAUCACGCAUGAAAUACAUACGCCGCAUCUGUCGACGCUGCAGGCAUGCUUGCUCCUCCUGCAAAGGGACAAUGUGGAUCAGUUUGUCCAAUGGUCCCCAUUCCAGCUAAGCCUGGUAGCGUGGACAGUGUCACUCGCCCAAUCACUCGGUUUGUCCACCGACUGCUCAACCUGGAGGGGCAUCCCGCCGUGGGAGAAAAGGCUCAGGCGCCGCUUGUGGUGGGCCACAUAUGUGUUGGAUAAAUGGACACUUUUGACGUCCGGAAUAGCCAGCCAUAUCAAGGACGAAGACUUUGACGUACUCGCAUUGACAGCCACCGAUUUCGGCUCGGACGCAGAAGCAGAAAUCUCUAGCGGGCAGGACCCUAGAUACGGUGAUGCUGGGUCCCAGUCCGCCCUGGGCCAUUUCUCACACCUCGUCUGGCUCACAACAAUCCUCUCGGAUAUACACGCUUCGUUCUUCACCAUCAGGGCCUCGAAGGCUACGGCGUACGACUUUGCGGGUGCAUCGAGCUUAGCGGAACCGUUGCGAUCCCGAUUACAAUCUUGGAAGGAUUCAUUUGACCGCUUCUAUACGACUCCGCAAACGAACUCGGAAUUCCGAACCCAGAUCGAUGGAAAUAUCUCUCUCAGUCUGGCCUACUCUACCGUGAAGAUGCUUCUAUACAGGGCUAUAAUGCGGGCUCUGGAGAAUUCGGACGGCACUGCAGGGGUGGGAGAUACCAGCCGCCAGGCGGUUCGACUUGAGGCCAAAGAAUGCUGCGAGGAGAUUGUGGACGUCUUGGAGCAGGCGCCCCCUGGGAGUUGGAAUGCGUUUUGGCAUAAAUUCGCACGAAGCUACUUCGCCAUUGCAUCGGCUUUCAUGAUGAGACUGCUCAUCUCCUCGGUAUCACUAGACGAGAUCAACACCCUCAACCGUCUUGUCCACCGCUGGAGGUGGGCCUUGCGGAUUGGCGGAGGGAAGACCGGCAGUCAGUUGAUGAGCUUAGGGCUGCUCAGGCUUGACCGUACGCUUCUGCAUAGCGGGAUUCGUGUUCCUUAA